AUGAAUAUAAUAAUAAUAUUGUUAAUAUAUCCAAUAUAUAUAUUAGCUGAUAAUACAAAUUCUGAAUUAAUAACAAUAAUAAAUAAAAGUAAAAGUAAUAUAGAAGAACAAAAGAUAAGAAUAAAAUCAAUAAAAGAACAUUAUGAAGAAAUAUAUAAAGAUGGUAAUAAUUAUUUAAAAGUAUUUGAAAAGAAUUUAAAAAGUUUACAACCAUACUUAAAACAUGAAUCUACAAUAAUAUUUCUACGUAUUAUACAAGAAUAUAUUGAUAUGAAAUUACAAUUAAGACGUGAUAUUUUAAAUUUUAUUAAUACUUCAAAAAUUGAAUUUAAACGUUCUAAUAAUGAAUUUAAUAAUUCUUUAAAAUUAUUCAAUCGUAUUAAAAUACUCAGUAACGGAGCCCAUAACGGUGCUUGCUCAAACAGUACUAGUACUGAAGAUACUAAGGAUAUUAAGGAUGGUGAGGAUAUUAAGGAAACCCCUUUAGGGGGUGCUGCUGGACCAAGCACCGUUACGGACACCGUAACGAAUAUCCUAAAACCUUAUUUAAAGAAUAUAAUAUUAAUAAAUAUAAGAAUAAAAGAAAUAAAUGAGAAAUUAAUAAAAAUAUUAAAAGAAAUGAAAUUGAAAGGGAAAUUAAUAGAAGAAAGUAAUAGAAAAUUAUUAAAUUAUAGAUUUAUGUUAGAAAUGAUAAUCAAAUCAAAUGAUAUAAUAGUGAAUAAUAAGAAUAUAUUAAUGAAGAGUAUAAAUAUACGUGAUAAAGUGACAUAUAAUUAUAAUAGAUAUAAAUCAUUAAUAGAUAAGAGUAAAUUAAUAAUAAUGGAAUCAAAUAAAAAAGAAUUAUAUAAUAUUGAUAAAAAUAAAUUAAAUCAAUUAUACAAGAGAAUUUUCUCCAAUAAGAAAAUUAUCUCAAAAUUAAAUACUAAUGUAAUAAAAGAAAUAAAUAAUAUAAAAUCAUUAAUUAUAAAGUCAGAACAAUAUGAAAUGAUAAUAAAAGAUAUUGGAUUAAAGAAUAUAAAAUCACCUAACACUGGUUAUAAAGAAUCACAAAAUUAUUAUCAAUUAAUAAUAUUGUUGAGUAAUAAAAUUGUAGAAAUUGGUAAUAAAAUUAAAUUAUUGUAUCAACAAAGUAUUGAUAUGUUGGAAGAGAAUUUAUUAAUAUUUAAUGAAAUGGAAAAUGUAAUCAAUAGGAAAAUAUUAUUAAAGAAACCAGUGAUAGAUUUUAAUGAUGUGAUGAUUAAAAGGAAAUUUACAAGUAAAAAUCCACAAUUAGAACAUACAACAAUAGCAAGUAGUAGUGAAAGUGAUGGUGAGGGUGAUGGUGAAGUGGGUAGUAGGAGUGAGGGUAUAGUAGGUAGGAGUGAGGGUAUUAGUAAUAAGGAUAGUAGUACUAGUAUUGGAGAUAGAAGAAAAAGAAGAAAAACAAGACAUGAAUUGAAUGAGACUAGGGGUAGUAGGGAGUUAGGUACUAAGGAUAGUAAGGGAUCUACAGGUAGUAAAGAUAGUAAGGGUACUAGGGAAUUAGGUAGUAAGAGAUCUAGUACUACAGGUAGUAAGGAUAGUAGUAAUGGUACUGAGGGAAUCCCUAUUACUACUACUGGUACUGGUACUACGGGUACAGUUGGAGCAAGCACCGUAACGGAGGAUACAACACCUGUAAGACCAUUACGUAGAGGAAAAAGUACUAAACAAACAACUGGUGAACCAAUUGAUACUAGACAAUCUACAAAUCCAUUUAUUAAUCCACCCAGAGAUACUGAAGAUAGUAGAGACACUAGGGAUACUAGAGAACAUGAAGGACGAUUUAAUAGUAUUAUAAAUCCUAAUAAUCCAUUUAAUACUGUUGAUAGUAAGGAAGUAGACAGUAGUAGUUCCAGUAGUGACAGUACCACUGAUAGUUCCAGUACUAGUGACAGUACUAGUGACAGUUCUACUGAUGAUGAUAUGGAAGAUGAAAUAACAUUUGUAAGACCAAAAAGUAGAAAAAUUAUUAAACCAUUUGAAAGAAUUGAUGCAGAUCUUAAAUUGAAAUCAUCCGACAAGAAGGCUGACAAGACUAAGGAAUCUGAGAAAAAGAAGGCGGAUAAAGAGGAAACUGGCAAGAAGAAGGAAUCCAAGAAGGAAUCAUCUGAUAAGAAGAAGUCAACUGAAAAGAAGCCAACUGAGAAGAAGAAGGAAUCUGACUCACAAGAAGAAUCUAAGGAAGAAUCAGAUGUACAAAUUAAGAAGAAGAAAGGAAUAAAAAGUAAAUUAGGAAAAGCAUUUAAUUAUUUAACUGAAGUACUUAAAACACCAAUGAGACCAAUUGAUUAUACACCAUUACAUUCUGAUGAUGAUACCACUAUAGGAUCUGACGAUGAUAGACUAGGAUCUGAUACUAGAUUAGGAUCUGAUGACACGAGUAUACAAUCUGAUGAAACUAGAGUAGAAACUGAUGAUACUAGAGUACAAACUGAUGAUACUAGAGUACAAACUGAUGAUACUAGAGUACAAACUGAUGAUACUAGUCUAGGAUCUGAAGAUGGUAGAUUUGAAUUGGAAAAAUUAGAAGAUAAUUCUCAUGAAAUUUUAACCGAAAGAACUGGUGACAGUACACAUAGUGGUGACACUAGUGUUAGGGCUGGAGGUCACACUGGUCAUAGGGCUGGAUCUGAUAGAACACCUGUGAGAACUGGAAGAACUGGUGGAAUGGAUGGAACUGGAGCAUCUGGUGGUAGUAUAAUUGAUAUAGAAAGAGAAUUGAAUAAUCGUUUUAAAGGAUUAAGAUUAGAUGGAACUAAACGUAAUGAAGCAAUAAAAUUAAUAGAAAUGGCCUAUGGAUUUAAGAAUCAAUUUGAAAUAGUAACGAGAGAUUUGGAUAAAUCAAUAGCAGAAGGUGCUGUCAGAUUAGUCAAGACAAUAUUAAUGGAAACAUUACAUAUAUAUCUCACGGGUAUCUGUGUUAAAGUACUCAAUAUCACUGAUAUUUCACAUUAA